UGUUGCAGUGGUGCCACAAACAAAGUAUCGUUAAGCAUCGGUAUUUUCCGGUAUUUUUUCUAAAAACGUUCGUGGCGAAUGGUUCUUAAUCGCAUUUAAUAAUCGCAUUUAUUUUAAAUGCGGCAUUUAGCCUUAUGGGCUUCCCUGUGUAAAUAAAUGCGCAUUAGGCUGAAUGCGUUUUUAUGCGCCAAUGGAAUCAGGCUAUAAUAUUUCGAUAAUCGACUAUUUGAUUAUUCCAAUAGCUUUCCAAUAGCCCUCCGCAUUUGUUCCUUUAAAGCUUUGUGUGAACAUCAUAUUAUAAAGGAGUUUUGGACUUCAACGACAGGCUGUUAUUGAACAGCAAGCAAUUGUUCCCAGAUCUGGCAACGCUGGCAGUGCCCAGGCUUCCGAAGCUUUGAUCGUGGUAUUGUUUACGUUUUAGUUUUGCGCACAUUGAGAUGAGGCUGCACUUUACGGCGAUCCUUAUCAUCUGCAUCGAGCACGUGACCAAGGCGGUCGCCCAGGGGAUGCCGAUCAGUCCCUGCCCGAAGAUAUUCCAGUACCGCUUCGACGGAACCGAGUGGUUCGGCCUGAUGGCCGUUCGCAGUCCGGAUGUCCACAGCCACCAGCCGCUGCACAUCCGGGUCACCCUCUCGAUGCGGGGCAAACCCACUACGAACUACCUGGGCGAAAUCGAGCUGCUGACUCGCGGAAAGUUCAGCCACAACGCACCGGUCCUUUACAAGAUCCGAUUCCCCAAACACCACUUCCCCCCCAAGCUGCUGCUCAUGUCGGCCAAUAACCAGGUCAUCUGCUUUGGAUCCGGCGAGCACAGCGUCUUCAUGACCCAAAUCCAGCUGGAGCACAUCAGGAAGUUGGCCUUCAUUCCGGACAAGAAGAGCUCCCUGCUGCUGGAUCCCGACGAGGAGGCGGAGAAAACGAUCCAGCCAUCCGGUUCGCCGCACAUCCAGUUCAAGAAAAAACCCUUUGGUCAGCCGCCCAAAGAGACUUGCGGGCGCAUCGAUAGAGACCUCGACUUCCGGUUGUUCCAAAGAAAAGACCACGGCGCAAGCGAUACCAACCCAAAGAGCUCCGAUGCCAUUGCAUCACCGGUGUUUGUCGACGACAACGACGACGACGACGAUGAAGACAUCGAGCACUUCGUGGACGAAACGGAAGCUGAGGAGGACAUCACGCUGGAUGACAACAAUAGCCUGCCGUCGAUCACCAGGGGAUCGUGGCCUUGGCUGGCGGCCAUCUAUGUGAACAACCUGACCUCCUUGGACUUUCAGUGCGGCGGGACGCUCGUCUCGGGUCGCGUGGUGAUUAGCUCAGCACACUGCUUCAAGCUGUUCAACAAGCGCUACUCGUCCAACGAGAUCCUCGUCUUCCUGGGCAGGCACAAUCUCAAAAACUGGAACGAGGAGGGAUCUCUGGCGGCCCCGGUAGAUGGCCUUUAUAUCCAUCCCGACUUCAACAGCCAGCUGAGCAGCUACGAUGCAGAUAUUGCUGUGAUCAUGCUUAAGGACGAAGUUCGGUGAGUUUUUGAUUUUUUUCUUAAAUAAUUAGUUGUAUUUAAGUGUUGUAUAUAUGGUAUAACAUGGGUUACCCAGAAAACUCGGACUUUUUUCGGGUCGAUUAGUUUUAGAUUCAACCAAA